GAAAACUGUCUUACGCAUGAUAUUGGAAUAUCAACUUGGAAAGAACAGAUUUUCCUGUCCCAUAGUGCCUUGUUGGCAAAGAGCUGCCAGGCCGCAAUGGAAUUAGCAAAGCAUGAUGCUGAGAUCCAGGAUAGCUUUCAGUAUGGAAAGAACAUGUCUAUGAGUCAUAAGCUACACUCGGAUCUCCAGCCAUUCAUUAAAGGAAAACCUAGUGACUCUGUGGCUUUUAGUUUAAAUUCUGCUCCUGUAGUCCUGCAUCAGGAGUUCCUUGGAAGGGAGGCCUGGAUUAAGCAGAUUAGAGAGGCACAAAGUAAAGGGAAUUUAAUGGACUUUACUAAGUUGCAAGAAGCAAUCAAGGCUGGCAAAGGUGUGACUUCAGCUAUUGACUUAUGUCAUUACCAUGGAAACAGAGCACUGGAGGCCCUGGAGUGCUUCCCUCCCUCUGAGGCCAGAUCUGCUUUAGAAAAUAUGGUUUAUGCUGUGACCAGAUUUUCAUGAGAUACAAUUCAAAAAAUAAACUGUUCUUCAUUUGAAGAAAACAACUAGAUGGAUAGAGGCUGGGACAAGGGAAAAAUAUCUUGUAUUUUUAAAAGAACUAAAUUUGUUAGUUGCCUUUUUUUUUUUUUUUUGGUUGUUUACCGCAUUGCUGAAUGAACAUGCAUUCUUUGGAACUGCUAUAAACA